AUGGAUCAGAAGAAAAUAAAAGAAACUCUCAAGAAGGCUAAUUUGUUAAUUAAACAGAAAAAUUAUCCCGAAACGAUCGUCUUGUGCAAGGAAAUAAUAGGUCAAGAUGAGGACAAUUAUAUGGGUCAUGUUUUUAUGGGAGCAGCCCUAGAGGGGGUGGACAACAUAGUGGAAGCAUUUGCAGCCUAUAAGAAAGCAAUUAGUAUUGAUGAUAAGCAGUUGCUUGCUUGGCAGGGUCUUGGUAAGUUGUAUGAAAACAAAUCGAAGAACGAUUUUUUGAGCUCUCAGAAGACAUUUUUCAUUAAUGUUUUUGAAAAGUUAGGGGAAAACAUUAAAGACAAUGAAUCAAAAAAGAUCGAAAAUGACGUCAAACUUUGCCAGCUUUAUUUCGAGACCAAAGAUCAUGAUAAAUUCUUGGCCGUGUACAUCCUAAUUAACAAUGAUUUAAUAACCAAAAAAAAUAUCACCGAAAAAUAUAAAAUCGACAAAUGCCUUAUGAAACUAUUUCAAGAGAAAAAUGACAUUGAUGAUAAUCUUAAAUAUAUGGUUUUGGAUUCAAGUAAAUUUUUAUCUGAAUAUGUGGACGGAGAUCGAUCCAUUAGGCAGGAGGCCUGGAUGCUUUACCUUAAACUUAUUCAACAGAUCGAAAAAUUAGGAACCGCUGACAUUUGGAAAUUGGUGACAGAGAAAUGUCCGAUUUCUAACUGCACACCCAACGAUGAGAUUGUUUUACAUAUUUUCAUGGAUACAUACCCUGAUGUCUCAAACUACCCAAUAGACAAUUUAGUUGAGAAUAUGAAAAAACCUCUCGUGCAAUCAUCAUCAUCACCUCCGCAGUCAUCAUUAUCAGUAGCACCCCAAUCAUCAUCAUCACAGUCACAAUCAUCAUCACAAUCAUCAUUGUCACUCGUUCUUUGUCUGUAUGAGGCUUUCUGUGAUAUCCACCAUGGAAAAUAUAAGGAAGCUUUGAUUAAGCUUGAAAAAACUUUGAAGCUAAUAGAACAGAAAAAUCAUCACACUUACUUCGGCGAUAUCGAGUUGAUUACGAAAAAAUUUCACAUCACUAUUUCUAAAAAUAACCUCCAAUUAAAAGAUGAGGAUGGCUGGAGAUAUGCCCUUGACAUUUGUAGCAAGUACAUAGAUGAAGGUGUAGAUUGUAGUAUCAAAUGUGAUUUAGAAUUGGCAAUUGUGUACUGCAUGGCUGCCAUGAAGUUGGGCACCAGCUGUUGUGAUAGUGACCAUCAUCGCCGAUUUGUGGAGAUUUUAGAAAAGAUAUCAGAUAUCAAAGAUACUGACGAUGACUACUUUAGAUACAAAAAGUGUAUCAUCUUGGGCCACGUAGCAUUCUAUAAAGAAAGAAUUUUGAGCAAAGCUUUAUCAUUUUACGAGCGUGCAAGCAGGAUCAUCCAAACGAACUUUGAAGCCUUCUAUCACGUAGCUCUUACUUAUUGGGAUAUCUUGAUGGGAUAUAAAAGUUUGGAUAGCAAGAAAGAGGACCUAGUUAAAUGGGAUACUGAAAUAAAGUUGGAUACAACAAAGAUGGAUACUCUAGAAAUGGAUACAGUAAAAGAGGAGGAUGGUUGGAGAAAAGUGGAUACGGAAAAAUUGACUGGAUCUGUAUCCGGACCGGGUAGCAAAGAUGAUUGGGAUAGUUUGGGAUUGGACGAAGAAAGGAUGAAGAUAAAUUUCAUGCAGAACAUUUCUACUGCUAUAAAGUUGGACAGCCUGCAUGCCAAAGCCUACUAUGUUUUGGGCCUCUAUUUCACUAGAGUUUCUCCAAAUCUGGACCCUAAAUGGGUCCUUCUAAGACUGAGUGACUAUCACAUUAAGAAUGAUCGAGUGAGUGAGGCCAUAGACCACUUGCAGACAGCCAUCAGGAGAGAUGCCAAUGAUUUGCGUGUUUGGGAGAGACUAGGAGCUGCGUACCUGCUGAGAGGAAGUUACACGUCUGCUCUCAAAGCAUUCCAGAAAGUUCUCAACUCUGAACCCGGCGCUAUUUAUAGCAUCUACCAGUAUGUUAUUUUUGGUUUUAUUAUUAUUAUUCAUUAA